CUAAGUUGCACAGUCCCGGCCGUAGUCUACUCGACAUCAGAAAUCACCAGAUCGACAUGGUGGAGAUGGGCGGCGGCGCGGCGGCGGCCGGGUUCAAGCUGUUCGGCAAGGUCAUCACGCGGCAGCAGCAGCAGCAGCCGCCGACGCGCGCGAGCCCUGACAGCUCCUCGUCGGGCGGCGGGCGCGGGAGCGUGGAGCAGCUGGAGGAGGCCGCGAGGCGGGCGCGAGCGGCGGCCGGGGCGCGGCCGCUGCCGUGCCCGCGGUGCCGGAGCGAGGACACCAAGUUCUGCUACUUCAAUAACUACAACGUCAACCAGCCGCGCCACUUCUGCCGCGCCUGCCACCGCUACUGGACCGCCGGCGGCGCCAUCCGCAACGUGCCCGUCGGAUCCGGCCGCCGCAAGAACCGCCCCGUCCUGCCCCACGCCGACUACCAGGUCCGUUUGGCGCCGGGACCGGCAUCGGCAUCUGCAUCGGUGGAGGCUCCGGAUAUGGCGCCGGCGCUUGGGUUCAUCCCUGCUCCGGAGCAUGGCUGGUCGUCCUUGUAUGUUGUCCCGUCCCCGUCCCCGGCGGCGGCGGCUUACAGAGGCCAUGGCGCCGAGAUGGAGCAGUGCUGGUGGCUCGUGCACGCGGAGCGCCCGCCGCUUGGCUCGUCGGAUCCUGCGUUCUGAUCCGGGUGAACAAAUUAACAGCGUGCUCGAUCGCUUUUGAUUACCUCUUCUUUUCAUGGAGAUCAAGCCGGCCGGUCGACUCACGCGAUGGUUAAUUAUUGCUAGGGUUUGGAUCCAUGAAAUUGGAAGGCUUUUUUAGGUUGUAGACGUUUGAACUUUGCACAGAAUUAUAACAUCUCUGUUUUAUAAUCUUUUCCCUCAACUUUGAAUGCAUGUAGAGUAACUUCCAACUUUCUGAAAUGUUUUUUCUAGCCGAAGUUUCUGAAAAUGUUGUGCCGUGGAGUUGGGUACGCCCGUGUAAAGUUUAAUUUGCAAGUUUUUUUUUAGAGAGAAUCGUCUGUGAUUUUCUUUAAAUUUGGCUUCCAUUAUAAGUACAAUACUUUAUCG